GAGUGUGCGAGUGAGAGAGAGAGAGAGAGAGAGAGAGGGAGAGGGAGGGAGGGAGAGAGUGAUAGAGGAGAGACGGAGCGCAGGCUUUCAGAGCUCUCGGCGGGUGUGGAUGUAGAAGAACGAGUGUGAGUGGUGGCUUUCAUUGUGUUUGUCAUUUGGGACAGAGACGCUUGUCCUCCUCCUUGUCCUCCUCCACAACCGAUCUGUCCAUCCUCGUCCUCCAUCUCCACGGUCGAGAGAGACACACGGGAGGAGACGCCGCGCUGCCAGCUCGUGCCUGGCUGUAGAUUGUAGCGAUGAGUCGGCGGGAGGCGUUAGUGGGGAACCCGGUGCCAAGUGCUGUGCCAGAGGUUCGGGUCAACAGCACCGAGUCCUCCUCUCCCGGAGCGGCCGCGCCCAAAGAUGAGGCUUUCUCUAAACUCAAGGACAAGUUCAUGAACGAACUCAACAAAAUCCCACUGCCAUCAUGGGCCAUUGUGGCCAUUGCGUUCGUUGCUGUGGUCCUCGUCGUGUCCUGCUGCUUCUGCAUCUGCAAAAAGUGGAUAUUCAAGAAGAAGAACAAGAAAAAGGGCAAGGACAAGGGCAAGAACGCCAUCAACAUGAAGGACGUGAUAGACGGAAACAAGACAGAGGCUCUGAAGGACGAAGACGAAGUGGAGACCGGACUCUCAGAGGGUGAAAAGGAAGCUGAGCCUAAGGAGCAAGAAAAACUGGGCAAAUUACAAUACUCACUGGAUUACAAUUUCACCGAGAAUACGGUAAGAAACCCCAACUUGCAUCAGUAUUGUUUAAAGUGAUCACAAUAAUCACUGAAAAACCAAAACAGAAGAUAUCCUGACAGAUUAUUAAGAACACUCGGUCUAUCUAAUACAUAUAGACCACUUAAACUCUUUAAUGCUGCAGUCUGAUUGGCUCCUGGAUCACUUCCUGGAUUACAGGAAAUACUCCUAGUGUCGUUGAAUUUUGCAAAAGCUUUAAGUUAUCAAACAAGAGUCUGUUUUAAAGAAUUACUAGUUUGUCGACGGACUAAAGUCUGUUAUUGUUUGUUUGCACUGUCAAUCAUCAGCAUUUUUACAUUCACACACUUCAGGGUGUUAAAAUAGGCAGUCUAAGCGUAUUAGAACCCACUGAAUACAGGACGUUCUGAUAAUAGUUCUCUGAGUUUACUCCGCACACGGGGCACCAGUAACAUCGAUCUAUCUGGUUAUAAACCCCUCUCAUUAAUUAUGCUCGGAAUUGUAAUCUUAAUUGAGCCAUAAUUGUAAGAAAAAUGUCAACGAUA